CAAUGCUAAAAAAUGGGAAAAUGAAAUUUUUGGUUUUGUGUUGUUUUGUCUUUUGAAUUGGCGAAAAUUAUAUAAAUUAAUAUGUUUACAUUUUGAUAAAAUUUGAAACAACAAAUAUGGCAUUCAUUAACGAACCGGUGUUAAACAUUAUAGUAGUGGGUUUUCACCACAAAAAAGGAUGCCAGGUAGAACACUGUUACCCUGAAUUAGUUCCCGGGAGACCCUCGGAACUUCCACCUGCUUGGAGAUAUUUACCAGCAUUGGCUUUACCCGAUGGCUCACACAAUUAUCUCUCUGACACAAUAUUUUUUAACUUGCCAGAUUUAAGUGACUCUUCAAGAACUGUUUACGGUGUAUCAUGUUUUCGACAAAUUCCUGUUGAGCAAGUUGUACAAAAAACUGAAGACAUGACAAGAAGUUCUGUUCAGAAGAGUGUUUGUGUUAUUUGUCGAGCACCUUUAUUUGGUAGACUGGCAGUUAAAAUGGAACUUGUUGUGAGGGCUUGGUUCCUGCAAGGUGAUUUCUCCCAGACAAAGCUAUUAGAAGAUGCAUAUAAUCACCUUAAUAGUUGCCCUGUACAAAUUGAUCAAUGUUUGGAAGGUUUAUCUGUACAAAAAUUAAUUGAAAAUUGGAGGCACAAAGCACUUUUGCUAUUCAAAUUAUUAAUAUUGAGUCGUAAAGUUGUCAUAUAUGGAUCUCCGGCUGGACAGCUUUCAACAGCCUUACUAACUGUAAUUUCACUACUGCCUCGUUGUUUAGAAUAUGGGCUAUCACAGUCGGCUAAUGUUGUACUAUCGCGACCCCUUUCACCAGUAACAACAGCUAUAGAAGUAAAUUCUGAAGAAUUUAAUGCUCUAAAUGCAAGUGUUUUUGGUAACAGUUUGGUUGAGGUACUGUCGCCAAAGGAAACUGGAAACCUUUUUGAUGAAAAAGAUAGAGUCAGCCGACAAAGUUUUGAUGAAACCUUACUGGCAGAUGUGCAAGAGUUACCUAGUAGAGAAAAAUGUCACAGCAUUGGUGAAAAGUAUAAACCUCAAAAAUGUGUGAUUGAAGCUCAGCAAAGCCCCACAAUGGCAAGAGACAUGAGUGUAGAUGGAUUGUAUAAUUUGAUAGGACAAAUAGAUCAGGCUGAUUGUGGUUUUCCACUGCCAUUGUUUGAAGAUGGGUAUCUCUGUUUGCCAUAUUUAUCUCUGCAGUACUUAGACCUACUGUCAGAUUCUGCCGUUCAAGGGUUUGUGGUUGGUGCUUCAAAUGUGCUUUUUAAACAGAAGAGACAGUUGUUUGAUGUUCUUGUGGAGUUGAAUGAAAUGCGUAUUGAGACAGCAGAUAUUGCUCUGAGAAGGCAGCUUACCCUUGGCACCGAAGAUCUUAGGUUUGCGGAUCAUGUGGUACGGCAUGGUCCUACUCAAGGGGAUGCAUGGAUAAGAGAUCAGUUUGCCACCUACUUGAUUUACCUUUUAAGGACAUCAUUGCUACCAGAUGGAAGCAGAGAAAUAGAAUCAUAUAACUCCCAGUUCAUGUCUGCAUUCAAGGCGACGCAUGCAUAUGAUAAAUGGCUAAAAAGUACUAAUAAUGGUGAUGUUGAAGCUUUCAUGAACUUGAUUCCGAUGCACCCCUUUGCUGGUCAACUUUCGGUGGCUGACAUGAAGUUGAAAUUUGCACACACCAUGUCCACAACGGAGGGUGGCAGGAAAGUGAGCGCAGCCGUGGCCACCACCGGUCGGGCGGUUGCCACGACGUCUCGGGCCGUAGGCGGAGCCCUGUCCCAGGCCCGCGGAGCCCUAUCCGGAUGGUGGAGCUCGCUCACCACUCCGACACCGACGCCCCUCCAUCUCUGCGACAGUUCAGACGAAAAACCCGCCGACUCUGAAGAAAAACCUGACAAUUCCGGUGAUGAGAAACCUGAGACUUCGCGCGAUGAUAAAAUGCCUUCCGAUGCCGAGGAAGCUCUGGAGGUCCAGGACAACAAGCGCCAGUGUGCUCCGUCGUCGGAUCCGCCCGACAAAGUCAUAGAAGACAACGCGGGUAACCUCAGCAAGAUACAAGUUGUUUGAAGUGUGAUAUUGCCGACUCAAUUUCCUCUAGGAUCCAUUAUUUAUUUUUAUACUUCUAGUUUAUUUUAUGUACAGUUGUUAUUCGUUUCGACUAAAAACGGUAUUUUUAUAAUUUUAGUUAAUCAAUAGAUUAGGAUUCGUGUGCCACUUGUAAAUAGGUCGAUCGAAUGUGUGAUGUAGAAGUGAGAUCUGAAUUUAUUAGCUCCGACAAAUUAUGUUUAGAUUGUACUUAAUUAUUUUUAUAUCUAGACGUGAACGGUUUGAGAAGGACUUUUUACAUUUCAAAGUAUUGUGAAUAUACGCUUUGCUCUCCACUUGGAUUCACUAAAGUUUUUUAUUUAUUUAAAGAAUAACAUAAUAUGUUAUAUUCACUCUUAUGUGGAGACUGCCUUGAGACCCCGGCGUAUGAUUGUGAAUUAAUCAUGUUUUUUCCUUGUUAAAAACUGCUGAACAAUUCGCUAGGUUAUAUCUUCUAUUAAACGGCUAAAGCGAUAAACAUAUAAUAGGAUUUUGAAAAGGUAUAUCGUAUAUGCGCAGUAUGAGCUAAAAUGUUUCAAUUAAGCUACAGGGAGGAUUAUAUACGAAUUUAUCGGGCUUUGAAGGAAUCCACUUCCCAAUUGUAGGUAUUGUUGAAUAAUGUAAGGCGUAUAUUUCAUACAUCCACGUGAAAAAUGAUCUCUUAAUUAAUAUGUUUAUGAUAAACACGUAGUGCGGCUAUUAAUUUUACGUUAAUCCGUUUCUUUAUGUAUAUAGUUGCGUUAUUUAGGUUUGUACUUAGUAUUUAUUUGUACAGCGAUGCAGGCGGGUGUGAUUUUGAAUCGAUAUAACUGAUUGCGACAGAUUUCUUUUAUGUCGCUCGUAAAGUGAAAUAAACAUGUCUUUCAUAAAAUCAUUGCAAUUUGAUAUAUUUUCGAAAAUACUGUUUUGCCAUUAAAUCUGUUGAAAAUUGUAUUUUUAAUUCACCUCAUUCAUUUCCAGUUGUAGAUCUGUAUGUACAAUAAAAAUGUUAAGCAUU